GACUAGCAGACCCUUAUAACUUGCGCCUUGAGUAUGAUUUAUUUGAUCAAAUCAAUGAAAAUUUCCCGUGCCCAUUCACUAUAGGCUGCCUAGACGGAGCGUCCAAUCAGGUAUAUCGAUUAGGCUAUUCACUCUGGCGUCAUUGGCCCACCUCACGACAGCCGUUAGCAAGUGAUGGGGACACCCCAUCAGACAGUUAGCCCUCUGUCGUCGAGCCUGCGUUUGUAUUCUUCCUAUUGUCGUUUGGGCUUGGCUCGCUCGACCUCUUGUCCUCAUCCCACCGCUACCUUUUCACCUCACUACCUCCAUCAUCACCAUCACCACAACCACCACCCCACCCUCAACCCAAAACCUCUACUUCAAUCUUUCCCUCAAUUUCACAGCGCGCCCUCUGGCUUCGCUUCUCUUUUUGGGCAUCUGUGCACUUGCAUUCACAUUCUUGUCGCAAGGCGCUCCUCUUCUUAUCUUUGAUAUCGCACGCCCUCCUCGCACAAUCCCUCAAAGCCGUGCUCGCCUUCGCACGCCAGUGCCUCAGCCCCACCACCCAGCUUUUAUCAGGCUGCCGCACCACAUAUUCUGGUCUGCAACCUCGAUACUAUACCUCCUACAGCUCUGUGUCAAUUGGGCUGCGCUUAUUGCACCCCGCGGCACCUCCAUCGCACCUACCGCGUGCCCCACCAUCCCUAUUCACAAGAAAUCACUUUGGUUCGUCAUGGCCGAUUUCAACAACUUCAUUCCUAAGGAGCCCUCGGUCGAAUGUACCUCUUCCGAGGAAGACCAUGGCAGCGGCUCUAGCCCCGGCACCGAGGCUCAAGGCAUGGCAGCUCUGAAGCAGAAAGUUGUCGCCAUGGAGCGUGCAGCGAAGCUGUCCGACGAGCGUUUCAAGAAAUGGAAAGAAGCCGAGCAUCAAGUCAGGCGUUUGACACGAGAGAACAAGCACUACGAGGAUGUCAUCUCCGGUCAGCAAACCAAGUUCAACUCCGAGAACAAGAUGAGGGAAGACAGGCACCAAUCAGAGCUCGUCGGAGUCAACGAGUAUGUUUGUGAUAUCCGUCUGGAGCUCGCAUCAACCAAGAGGGAGCUCGCCAAGGUCAACCAAGAGCUCAAAACCUUCAAGACAUACCACGAAGGGAAGAUGAGCACUCUCGCCAACGAUUACACCAUCAACUUGAAUGAGCAGCGCACUCGUAGCGUCGAGCAGGCGAAGGAAGUCAAAUGGGCCCAUGAAGCGAAUAAUAAGAGAAUGAAGGAAGGAUACGAGGCCUCCAUCCAGCAACUUCGCCAGCAAGUCUCCGCUGCCCAAGCAAAUGCGGGUUCAGCUGCCGCGGCCACGCACACCAAAGAGUUGCAAGCCGUCAAAGCGCAGCACGAAAAGAAGUUCCAAUCUCUUUCCGAAGAAUACAAGAAGAGCGUCCUGAAAGAACGUGCCGAGAGCGAGAAGAAGUUGGCCCAGACUAAACUGGAUCACGAUUCUGAGAUGCAGAAGAUGAGGAAGAAGUUCACCGAGCACCUUCAAAACCUUAGCCAGCAGAACGAGCUCUUUCGUCGCCAACUAGCUCUCAAGGGAGUCAUGGUCCCAUCUCCAGGACAAAUGCUUCAUAUGAACGGAGCAGGUUCCCCUCAGGUCCCCGGCGUCCCAAACCAGAACGUCGGCAAGAACAAUGUCGGCCAGAACAAUGUCGGCAAGAACAUCAUCGGCCAGAACAUCGCGGGACAUAACAACGUCAGCCAGGGCAAAAUCGGCCUGAAUCAAUCUUUCAGUGCCUCGCCUGUUCAGUUUAGCGGUCAGCAAGUCCCUGGUAUGGUUCAGACCCCGUACCUCCAGACUGGCCCCAAUACCCUGAAGCGCCAGCGUUCCGACAGCGAUGCCCAGGGUCCCCAGAAUCCCUCUGUUAGGCAGCGCACCGAGAGCUACGUGCCUGCCAAGGAAUCUCCCAAGUUCUCCGGCUCUGCUUCGCCUCGAGUUGUUCAGUCACAGCUCAACGGAUCUGCUAUGCUGAAAUCGAACUCGCAAGGACCUCUUCCCUCGACGCCGCAACAGACCCCAGCAACCCCCAACAUGUCCACGGAUGUGCAGCGAGCCCAGGCUGUCCUGAGCCUACCCCGUAACGAGCAGAUAGCAACUAUCAAAAAUCUUGCCAAGGGGCAUGCGCAGCGCAUGAUCCUCCAGGGUAAUCGCGUCGAGGUGGCGAAUGGAGUGCUUCGAGAUGAGCCUGCUGCUAUGCAAUGGGCAAUGGGCGUAGUCUUCCGGGGUCUGCGUCAGACAGCGGGCCUCGACGGUUUCAACAUCUCUGCCGUAGGUGCUGCGAAUGGAGACGGAGAAACCGGCGAUGGACUUCCUGCUCCUAUUGAGCAGAUGGGAUGGCAUUCUGUGGGAUUCCCUGGAGGACAUCAGGGACAGCAGUAAAUGAUGGUAUUGGAUAUCCCCGGCGGGUGUUGGGAUAUACAAAAGAGAUUGCAUACUGAUAUGGAUGGAGAACUGGUGGCGUUUAUGAGCCUGAGUCUAUUCUCUUUUCAUGAUCGCUUCUGUGCGCGAGAUGCAUUGGUAGUUGCAUUACUUGAUUCAGAUGAUAUUGUCGGAUCGGAUCCAAACCACGAUAGCUGUGGAACCACUGAUUUAGAAAAAUUCCUAAAAAAAAUAUAUAACUCUCUAUAUCCAUCCCGCCUCCACUGAAAUCCUCCGGCUUCAAGCCAGCUUGUGCAGGUCCCAUGAUAGCCAUGCAGUUCAUGAAAGACCGCGACUCGUGUACUAAGCAAUCCCAACUCUUCUCCGCGCUGUUCCGGUACGCGAUACCUAGCAAAUUCGAGAAGAGAGCACUAAAGUCUUAUUCAGCACACCACCAUCUCUAGGAAUCAAGUCCUGGGUAUCUCUGAUGUUCAGGUUGCAAGAACCAUAUGCACUGCAGACUGAUCCUCACACCAUGCGAUACCAUGCACGGAAGCAACCUUUGUCAUAAACGAAAAGUGGGAUGGAUUAUACAGCUUCUCCCUCGCAUUGAACUGCUCGGUGAUCAAGUCCACGGUGAGUUUCCCGGCGCGGGCUCCGUGCGUGGGAUCGUCUCCACCGCCGCCCGUAACAAUGUACACAUGUAUCUUGCCCUGUUCGCUCCUGAUCCGACACUGGCUCAAAGACCUGCCCGCUCCACUUCUAGUCGACUGUUGUACCUUCCUGGAAUCGCUCGCGCGUCUAGGCCUCUAGUUGACGGAAGGCUCGAGUGUGUCGCUUUUUCCGAGUUUGUGGUCAUCUCCUCCAGCGAACGUGUAAUCGUUUUCAGGAUCAUGUUCGGUCAGUGUGUAUC